CGUUGCCACUGUUGCCGCACAGCAAGCCCCGCAGCACACCACGCAAGCAGGAGCAGCGGCAGCGGGGCGCAAUAAUGCGCACGCGAGGGGGGCACAGCGGCAUCACUGCUGCGGCAGUUAUGGCCGCCGGGUUCCACCACGGCGUCUACUAGCGAUACACUUCGAGCCCACCCCUUCCUUGAUUCCUUCACCGCCCCGCUCCCGAUCGCGGCACCGCGCCUGGCCCCCAACACAAUCUUUUGCCGAGCGGCGCCGUUCAUUGGGUGGCGACUGGCGAGGCGACCCCGGCUUCUCGCUGUGGUCUCGGUCGGCGUUGAUCAGUUUGCGUUUUAGGUUGUUGCCAGUGCAAAGGGCGGAGCGAUGGGCAUCUCGGCGAGGUGGCUCAAGUCGUUGGUUGGGCUGAGGAAGGUGGAGCGGCAGCAGCAGCAUAAGGAGGAUGAAGAUGUUGGACGGAUGAAAAAUGAUGCCACAGACCAGUUACAUGGCCAGAAUCAGCAAUUCAAAGAUGACAGCAGCCUUGCAGCACAAGAAGAUUUCACAGAAGUUGCUAAUGGAAAUGGUUCACGGGAAGGUGAUUCGGAUGUACCUUCAUGCUUGGAACCCACUUGUGGUUCACCUCAUAUUCCACUGCCUCAAACUGAAGAUGAACUCAAUGAGAUCUGGGCUGCUACAGUUAUUCAGACAGCAUUUAGAGCUUUCUUGGCUAGGAGAGCCCGUCGAGCUCUAAAAGGACUGGUUAGGCUUCAAGCCCUUGUAAGAGGUCAUAUAGUGCGAAAACAGGCUGCUAUAACGCUCCGCUGUAUGCAAGCUUUGGUCAGGGUUCAAGCUCGUGUUAGAGCAAGGCGAGUUCGCAUGGCUUUGGAAAACCAGAUCGAACAGCAAAAUAGUUCACCAGAGCCAACGAAGGAGGCACAAGUUAGAGAAAUUGAGGAUGGCUGGUGUGAUAGUAUCGGUUCUGUGGAAGAUAUCCAAACAAAACUUUUAAAGAGGCAGGAAGCUGCAGCUAAACGCGAGCGAGCCAUGGCCUAUGCUCUUACUCAUCAGUGGCAAGCAAGUUCAAGACAAGCUACAGCAUUUGAACCUGACAAGAACAGCUGGGGCUGGAAUUGGCUAGAGAGAUGGAUGGCUGUUCGUCCUUGGGAGAGUCGAUUCCUUGGUGCUUACACAGCAGAUGGGAUUGUCAAGGUUAAUGAAUUCAAGCAACCUGACAGAAGUGCAACCAAGACUCCAUACAGAAAACCUGUUAAAAAGCAUGAUUCAAGUCUUCAACCAAACACGUUGAACCAGAAGGUCUUCCCUUCGAACUUAGAGGGUGGUGGCUCCUCAACAAACCGUUCCAGUGGUCCUGCAUCUGGUAAAUCUAGGCUGAAGGUGCUACCCAGAGAAGGUUCUGAUGAAGCUUCAUCUCGUCCUUCAGGACUUGGUGUGCGUUCCACUAGUAAUCCAAAGGAGAGGACUUCCACUGGUAAUCCUAAGGAGAGGAAUGGGGAUUUGGAUUGUCAAGUUCAUAAAAGACUCUCCUUGCCUGGCAGUGGUGUAGAAGCUGGCAAACGUCUGACGAGGAAAGCCACAGUUAACCGAUCCCUGAAGUCUACAAAAGAUCACCAGAUGUUGCAGACAAGGCAUCACCUUGCCAGUUCCAUUGAUCUGUUGCCUAACAGAGUUGAGCUGCAGACUUGAGAAGCCGUGUGAAGCCUGAUCUUGGAUUGCACUUAGCAAGUCAGAAGUCAUUCCUCGUUCAUCGCUGUGUUCGCUUGGCUGUGGCUGAUGGCUGGUGCUGAUUUGUUACGAGAGAACAGUACUGCUGACUGGUUGGUAGCUGGUGGCUGGUGCCGAUUAGUAUGAGAGGACAAUACUAUUGGCUGGUUGGCUGACAAGCCAAGCGAAUACAGCGACAUGUCUGCACUGCAUGCCGAUCUUGAGGCCAAGAUUCAGCAUUUCUUUGCGAUGUACAUGUGGCCUCAGCUCAUUUCAUGAGAGAUUUGAUUGGCCAUAUCAUAUAUCCGGAGGUGACUUGUAUUGUUGUAUUUGUAAGCUGUAGCUAUGGGCUGUAAAUUUUUGUGUUUCGACUUGUGCGUUCGUGUGUCGUCGGUCUAUGGUAUUGGUAUAGCUGUCACUUCGAAGGUUACGCGAGGUAAAUCUAUUGAACUGUUUCGUGUUCCAUGGUAUUGGUAGUUUGGUACAUAGUAAUAGUUGCAGACUUGCAGUAGAGACAA